GGAACAACUCCCGGCAUAGCAUAAAGGUGACUCCUCGCAGCGAAAACCUCCCAUAUGCCACUUAGCGUCCCGUUGAGUUCGGCAAAGUGUCCGGUGAAGCAGAGCUAUCCGUUCUUUUUUUCGAACGAGACUAACAGAAAAGCAACACGGUGUAUUUUGAUAUUUCUUCCUUGUUUCGUAAUCAAUCUAGAAGUGUCCAAUUCAGGAUUAUUUCUUGUAUCACAUAUAUACGUAUAAUCAAUAUAGAUUAUAUUUAAGGAAAGCAGAUUUGUCGUUCCGAAGAUCGAAAGCCAACCGUUCGAAAGGAUACAUUUAGGUGUUCAUGUUUAUCACUUCGAAGAUAUCAUUACAUGUUUAUUACUAAAGGAUUUCUUCUUUGUUUCUAAUCAAACUUAAGACGUAUCGAUGAAGACGCGAAGUGCAUUGUCGCUAUUGUUAGUGAUACCAAUGAUGUCAUUGUCAAUGUAUCUUUCUCCUAGAGAGAAAGACACAUAUCCCUUAGAUAUUUUUAAGGAUAAUGAUACAAAUUUGGAAAAGACGGAAGAGUGGUUAACUUCGUCUUUCAGUAAACCCAAUGAAGAAAAUGAAAGUGGUAACGAGAAGAAACGGGAAGAUGAAUUAGAAAAGUUGAAAAAGAUCUUUGGUAUUCGUGGCCAGGGUGAUAAAUUGGCUCAUCAUAAGGUACCGCCACAGUUCAUGAUGGAACUGUACAAUACUAUUGCCGAUGAGAGUGGUGUCACACGAGGACGAAACCCUUAUAACGCUAAAGUCGUACGGAGUUUCAUUGAGAAGGAUACCUCCUUAUCUCAUUUUUAUUUCUUUAACAUAUCCGGCCUGGAAGUAAACGAGUCGGUUUUGGAAGCCGAAUUACAUCUUUAUAGAAAGAAAAUACCCGCGAAAACGGAGCCGCCACCGACACUUACGAUGCCGUAUUAUUUGUUAAGAGUUUAUCAAGUAUUGGAUGAGAGAAGUCUGGCUGAACCGAGUCGUCACAAGUUGCUCAAUAUUCAUUAUUUUGAGGCACAUACUUUUGGCUGGCAGGUGUUAAACGUCAAGGAAGCGGUGUUGUCCUGGGUGAAUAGCGAUCCAAAUCUCGGUCUAUUGGUGACAGUUACAACUUUAUUCGACGACGAGGUAAACGUCGAGUUUUCUCGACGAAGUGAAUCUCGACACAAUAAACAACCAAUUUUAGUUCUCUUCAACGACGAUGGUAAAGAGAAGCGAUCUGGAAUGAAAAUCGUCCCGGAGUACUAUAUGUAUGGAAAUAACGAUGAUAUACGUUUUGCUGGUGAGGAUGAUAAAAUCGAUGUGGAGGAAGAAAAAACGAAACAUGUUCAAAGACAGAGAGAAGAGAAGAGCGAGUUGGAAUAUCCUUUGUUAGUACAGAGACACGAGAAGGAAAUGUUUACGAGAAUGAAGAGGAAACACAAGGGGUCCGAAUCAAUUUGGCGGGAAGAUUCUGUGGAACGUGAUAGACGAGAUACAAAUUACAUUCGAAAAUGUCCUAAGAAAAUAGUUUCACACAGGACGAAAAGGAGACAAGUUUUAACCUCGAUGGAAAUUUACGAGAGAGCUAUGUUGCGCGAGAAAUUAAGUGAAGUAUCCGACAAAGCUAAUAGGAAUCAAGGCAGAGAAAGAAGAUUAACGAAGAGACAAAGUCCCACGUGGAGACAUAAAAACACGACUGCCUGUUCGAGAUACGAGCUUUACGUUGAUUUCACGGAAAUUGGGCUUUCUUCCUCUAUAAUUGCCCCGAAAGGAUACUCCGCUUAUCACUGCAAGGGACUUUGCCAGUCACCAUUAAGUCAAGAACAACAACCAACAAAUCAUGCCACUGUACAAGGUAUCGUUCAUUCAAUGGGUUUGGUGGAUGGUGUUGAAAUGCCUUGUUGUGUACCUACAAAAUUGCUCAGCACUACCAUACUUUUCUACGACGAUAACGAGAACGUUAUUUUGAAAACGUACGAGGAUAUGGUUGCCGAUCGUUGUGGUUGUCAUUAGUUUAGUAGAGCUCAAUGUUUUGUAAUUCUUUUCCGAAAUUGUUAGAUUUUUUCCUGAAAUCAGUUCAGGCCAACGGAACGUAAACACAAAUGCAGUGAUCGUACGAACUACUUGUGAGUGUUACUCAGAAUUAUGUUUAACAUAAGAAAAUUAAAAUUAAAUGCUACAAUUUUUGAGGAAGUUUCGUUGGAUAUUCCAAAUUGAAAGUCUUAAGAUAAAUAUGAUUAUUAUAAAUGAUUAUUAAAAGAUGAUUUUAUUACCUCUACAAUAUCAAGAGUUAUAUAUUCGUAUUGAUCGUUUUAAGUCGAUCAAAUCUUAUCUGUAAAUAAGAACAUUCCUAUGACUGCAUUAACAUGCGAGCAAACGUUUACACACA